CUUUCCCUUUUCUCACUCUCUCACCCCCUCUGUGUCGCCAAGUAGCAAAGAAAUAGGAGCUGGCGCAUAUUGUUUUGCCCCAUUUCAUUUCCCCCCUUUCUCCUUCACACGGUCUCUCGGCUCUGCUUUUCUUCCCUGUUUGUGCCUUUUCGGCCCUGUUUCAGUUUCAGUUGCUGCUAUUAGUAGCAAAGUAUAAAUCAAUUUUCGUUUCUGUUUGGUUUUUGGAACAGUAUUCCUCUGUUCUGUUCUCAGUUGGGUGGUUUUCUUUUCUCCUUUUGCAAUGGGUCUAAGCGGGGGUAUCUUUUGGUCCUUGAGCUGAGUGGUAGAGGCAAAAGCAAGAAAAGCUUUGGGGGGGCGAAAUUCCGUGGCCACCGUUUGAAAAUCCGAUGUUGGGUUUUCUUUUUGGGUCUCCAAUUGCUUCCUUUUGGUGGUUCGGAUCCGAGAUGUGGACUAGGGUUUAUGCCUAUUCUAUGUGAUAACUAUUCACGAGAUCUGCUUUUUUCUUUGGUGCUCUGUGUUUCCUUUCUACUCUGGCUGUGGCUGUGGCUGUGGCUGUGGCUGUGGGAGAGGCUGUUAGUUGAUUGGGUUCUCUUCAGUUUCUUUUCUCUCUCCGCCCUUGGAUUUUGGAAAGCUGGAGACUUUUCCAGAUUCCUCAACUUAGUGCUGAUGUGAGAACAAGAGAGAAAGAAAGGAAAGGCCACUGAGCUGAGAGGAGGAUUCCAUUCAGCCAAAUACGAAAAAAAGAAAAGAAGGCUUGCUUCCCUUGUCAAUUUGAUGCUCUUUGGUCAUAAAAAUUCCCUUCCCUUGCCUUCCCCUCCCACCCACUACCUUCUUCCUCAGCAUUUUCCCAUCUGGGGUUUUUGCAACGGCUGCUCUUUGGGAAUUCAAUUCACCCACUCCCUUUCUCUCAAGAAAUAAAGGCCAAUCCAUGAGCAGCAGGGGAAUCGAAAUCCUGUCUCCCUCUUCCUACCUCCACAACUCGAGCUGGCUGUUCCAGGAGAGCAAAGUGACUCGAUGGACGGCGGAAGAGAACAAGCGGUUCGAGAACGCUCUGGCCCUCUACGACAAAGACACCCCCGAUCGGUGGGCCAAAGUCGCCGCCAUGAUCCCGGGGAAGACCGUCGGCGACGUCAUCAAACAGUACAGAGAACUGGAAGAAGACGUCAGCGACAUCGAGGCAGGGCUCAUCCCCGUCCCGGGGUACGAAGCUGCGGUGGACGCCUUCACUCUGGACUGGGUGAAUAGUCAGAGCUACGACGAUCUCAAGCACUUCUACUGCCCCGGCGCCACCAAGAGGGGCGGCGGUCGCCCUUCCGACCACGAAAGGAAGAAAGGCGUCCCCUGGACGGAGGAAGAGCACAGGCAAUUUCUGCUGGGGCUGCAGAGGUACGGGAAGGGAGAUUGGAGGAACAUAUCGAGGAACUUCGUGACGACUCGGACGCCGACGCAAGUGGCGAGUCAUGCCCAGAAAUAUUUCAUUCGGCAGAGCACGGGAGGGAAAGACAAGAGGCGAUCUAGCAUACAUGAUAUCACCACCGUCAAUCUCCCUCACCCUCACGACACCAACAACAACAUCAUCAAGUCAUCAUCUGCUACGACUCUGUCGCCGUCGUCGCCGGACCAUUCGACAACCACCGCCCAAUCACCACCGGCGGGGGCAGCGGGGAAAGGGUUCAUUCUGGACUGGAAUUCGCGAGGCAGCAACAACAACAACAACGGCGAAGUAACAGAGGGGAGUGUUGCGGAUCCGCUAGCGACUGGGUUCAAUAACAUUAACAGUAAUAAUAAUGUGGUGAAUUUGUGUGGGAUGUCAACGUACGGAGGAAGCAGGGUGGUGCAAGAGCAGAAGGAUUUGAUGAUGAUGCAACUUGGGGCGUACGGUGGAUUGGUUUAUCAGAUGCAGUCGCUGCAGCAUCAGUAGGAGUUGUUGUUGUUGUUGUUGUAGCAGUAUUUAGUGUGAAUUUCCCAAUUUACAGGAGGAGGAAGCUCCUGAUGAUAUUGAUUGAGGAGGGUGUUCAACUUCAAUGUGUGCAUAUAUCAAAAAGGAAAAGUUUGGAGAAUGAUAGAGCCCGUUCGUAAAUUAAUUACUAGGAGUUUUUAUUUUUGUUUCUUUUUUCCGAGCUUUCUCUUUUUUGGAUUUUGGUGUUGUGAUUCCCCAUAUUAUUCGUAAAAGUCUGUGAAUCAUUGCAGUGAAAGGGAGACGCUUUCCUUUGUGCAAAGCUUGACCAUCUUUUUUGUGUCUCGG